GAAGAAACAAAAAUCGCAAUCUUAUCGCAGUUUGUUUACGGUGCAGAAUAGGCAUUGCCGGAUUGCUGCAUAAUUGUUGCUCUUGUUUGUUUCCUGAACUGAUAUUGCCAGAAGCUCAAGAAGCACAAAUCGAGAACGGACUUUUCUCUGCUUCGAUGAAGCUUGAGAUUGGCCACUUUGAGCGCGCCUAAAAACAGGCUGGAGGAUAGCUUUCUCGAUAUAAGCUAGUCACUAGGGUUAAGCUCGCAAAGGAGGCCGACAGGCUGGGUGAGAAUGAUUCGCACUUCAACGGGAGGAUCCAUCCCUCCCGAAGCUAGCAGCCAUACUGCUGCCGGCUUGGUAGAUGAGACGAGUAAUCAAGAACUGGCUUCAGCCCUGCCGGUCUCAUGUACAGAACAAGAACUGUGCCUCGCCACUGCGAUCAAGGCCCAGCCACAACCAAUCAAAAGGUUGAUGAUAAAUAGAGCUGCAUCAGACACAGCUCCAGCACCUUCAAUUCGACCUUCAGGUCUCCCCUUGCAGUUCAUCGACCAACAGAAACUACGACAGUCAUCAGGGUCUGAUCUACGAAGGGUCGUACGCUCUCAUGCGCGGAGAGACGUGGACGUAAAGAGACGGCAUAUCAAAGCCACCCUUCAAGCGAGAUCACCCCGACCACUGCUUGAGAAGAAAUCCCGAAAGGAGCAGUUGCUCUCUAAAUCCUCUCAUAAUCAUGCCGCUGAUAAUACGAGUUCGGCUAGCCAACUCAACGAGCAAGAUUCCCUGGCCUUGCCAAUCCAGCUGCACAGCACACCCUCAAACGCUGCACUAUCGCUAAAUCAUGAAUCUGCGGAGUCUUCAUCAAUAGCGCAAAGAUAUUUACACCAUAUCCAAGGCCAUGGUCGAGUCGACGGUGCACCAGAAAGUAUCCCAGGGAUUGAAAUAAUGUCAGUCGCUGUGGAUCGAGCCCAAGAUUUUAGAUGGCAGGGCGACGAGAUACAUGGUGACUACCAAGCGCCUGGUAGCUUCGACUCCCUAUUGUCCCCGCGAAAUUCAUCGUCCAUUCUACUGCCACAGACAGGAAUACCAAGCCCUUACAUUCCAAACAAUGCCGACGUUCGCAGCAACCUCGUGGCAGGAACUUGGAGGCAUGAUCCUUUCAACGUUCAUGGCGAAUUGAACAACCCCCGAGUCUCCUUCCUGCUCUCUCAUUACAACAAUAUAUUAGCGACUGUCUGGGUUUAUGGCGACAAACUUCUCUCGUUUCAGACUUCGAGACCAGAACUUCUUCAUACAAUCAUCUUGUUUACUGCGUCACACCUGCAAGCGCUCACCAACUCGAAUGAGUAUGACAGGGAUAUAUUUCAUCAUAGAGGAGAAGCUAUUCGAAUUAUAAAUUCAAGCCUGGACGACCCUUCAGAGCAGACGAGCGACCAGAUGAUCGCAGCGCUUUCAUCGUUGAUCUUAUACGAGGUCAGUACAGCACAUCUCUCUUCGUGUGAUUGUGCUAACAAUCGAGAGGAUUCAUAUGGAUCAAAGGAAACUGCUUCAAUGCAUCGACAAGGAUUACAGCAGAUUCUCAAGCUUCGAUACGCGAAGCCUGAUCUUGGGAUACAUCGCUUUGUUCAGCAUAUCUUGGCACAUCCGCUUGCAGUCGCAGGCGCUCCAGAAGAACCAACGCUCGAAGACAGUCCUAUCACGGCAUCCAUUAGCAUACAAAGCACCUCAAAAGAACCACGAAACACUCCACUCGGUCAUGCCGUCACCACUUCGUUUCAAUGGCUCACCAGCUCAGCAGCACAAUUCGAAAGCGCGUCCUACAUAAACAGCGACACCUACCAAGUUCGCCAAGACAUCGAAGAAUUCCUAGAACUUUGUCCCAACUAUCCGAGAGAAAAAUUAUCCUUCGGCUUCCGAUCAUGGCUCCUCGCUGCAAUGGUCUACCUCCACGUCGCCAUCGUUCCUCCUUCCGCCAUACAUACACUGCCCCGCAACGUAGAAGAAAUCCUUGCGCAACUAAAGAGCGCAAUGUAUGGUUCCACGACCGAGAGCCAAACAAUAUCUGCCUGCUCGCCACGGCUUUGGGUUCUCAUGCUCAAUGGGUUGUAUGCUAGAACUACGGAUCCGGUUCUGCUUGGAAGUCCUCCAAAGAUGGAUUUGAGUACUGUGUCAGCACUUCAUUGGUGUCGAGCGCAGUUGCUGUUGAGGGAUAUACCGUGGGCGGAGAGAAGGUGGAAGCUUGAGCCGAUUGAAGAUGAUUGGGAGUGGGUUCAGGCAAAUGGGUUCUGGCGAGAGAGUGUGUCGAAGUGGAACAGUCAAUAAAAAACAUAUUAGGAGAUUCAUACUCACUUUUUUUGAAUCUGAAAAUCGGGCGUCUUUUCCAUGGGUGUUUGACCACUCGGAGGAGCCGGGAAAUGGUCAAAUAUAAGUCAAACUCCAAGAAUUCUGGAGCUUAAGAUAGAAUUUUGGGAAUUUUGGUAUCUGCCGUACUCAAAGGCGCCACUUUUCGAUGCACCUUAAACUACGCUCGAUUGUCGG